AAUGUGGAGGCGGAAACUUUCAAAGGUUGGACAUAAAUGCGACAGAUUAGAUUGUCCACCGACUUUGUCCGACACCCAGAAAGCUGCUAUCCGGAAUAAUUGGCGGAUUUUGAAAUGCAAUGUGGCUAACAUUGGCGUAAUUACUUAUGUCAGUAUGUUUGAAAGUAGGCCAGAGCUGAUGGACGUAUUUUCAAAGUUUAAAGGUCGAAACUUGCUGGAACUGAAACGUGCAGGUUUACUUCGACAACAUGCACUGAGAGUUAUGGCAACAAUAGAUAAAGUUAUAACCCGCCUUGAUGAGCCUACUGCUUUGAUAACUUUGCUCAAGGAAUCUGGGGCACAUCACAAACUGUACAAAGUGCCACAAGAUUAUUUACAGAUAAUAUUACCUCAUUUUCUGAAUGCAAUCAAACCCCAUAUUGAGGACCAUUGGUGUGAUGACUUAGAGAACGCUUGGAAAACAAUGUUUGAUAUAAUAAUUUACUACAUGAAAGAAGGUUACAAAGAACCGAAACAUUGUCAUAAAGAGUAUAUUGUGGAGGAAACGACAUAACCUUGUGAUGUUUAUUAGAACUGGAAAAAAUGUGACAUUUUUGCAGUCGUGUUUUAAAAUAUUAGCAGCCUUAUCUGAUUUUAUUUCUUUAUUAUCUGUAAAUAAGUUUGUGCAUUAUGCCAUUUGUUUGCUUUAAACCAGUUUAAUGGCUUUGUUAAAUAUUAUUUGAUUGUAUAAAUAUAUUAAAACAAGCAUUCAUUACAACAUCUUAUCUUUUAACAUAUGUCUUCCACAGCUACAUAAUUGUCUACGUUAUGUUAUAAUUAUUAAAUGUUCAAACAUAGAGAUGAGAUUAGAAGAAGUAAAUCAAUGACUGAUAGAAGGGCUUAAAUUGAUGUUUUUUCUAUUCAGGAAGAAGAUGGAAAUAUUUCCUUUGAAAUUUGUAUUCAUGGGGUAUGGAUCGUUAACUUGAGUGCACAAUAUCGUUUCAUUCCCUCACUCCAUUUUCCCCCAGAAUAAUCAUUUUAUUGCACAAAAUUGGCCGUAUGUCAAAUGUAUUUUAAACUCAAAUCGUGCUUAUGUCGCACCAAAAAUAUUAUAUUAUAUUUUUGUUUAAUUCUGCGUAUACAUGUAUUUGUAAAUUUAAAACGGCAUUAUGCACAUCCAAGUGUAAAUGUUGUACGGGAUUUAUUCAAAAUACGUUUACAGUUUGUCUGAUUUGUUUCUAGACUUAAAUGAAAAUUCAAUUAUCUGCGUGGUACACGCUUCGGUUAUGCUUAUUUGAUAAAAAGAGUUGGGCAGUAUUGUUUCAUUUAAGACAAUUUUCCAAAAUUAUAUUUUUACAUUCUACCUACUGAUUUUCAUUGAAACUUCAUUGAAAACUUAUCAACGGACAACUAUUAUCGAUCUUCUUAACUAAGAUGUUUAUAAGAUCAACAAAGAGAAUGUAAUUUGAUACUUAAUCAUUUCCUUCUCAUUAAAUCCACUGAACAAUAUUAUUGAAAAAAGCAGUAAAAUAAGUUAUUUCAUUUCAGGCGUUUCUAUUUCAUUAAAUAUAGUUCUAUCAAUUUGUUAAUUAUAAAGAUCGUAAAUAACCGUUAAUAUGAACAUUAUGAUUGACUUUGAAUGACAUUAUAAAACAAAAACAUUCUCAAAAGCAAUGUUCAGUUAAUUGUUAAUUGAACAUAUUUUAGGUCUGAAAAUAAACUAAUACAAAUUAAUAAAAUAUGUAUGGUUUUUGGUUAUGUUGAGAAAUGUUCAUAUAAUUUUUAUAGAUCUUGAUGUUGAUAUCAAACUAAAUAUAUCACUAAUCUUAUUAUGUGAUCCGAGCAAGAUUUAAUAUUGUAUAUAAUUAUAUUCCCCAUAUUUGCAAGGAUUAUGAUGGAGUCUAAGUAUGAAAUAAAAAGAAAAUG